AUGUUAAAUUUUCCACAAAAUAAUCUACCAAAUGAUGAUGAAUUUCAAAAAAUACAUAAUCAAAUUUUAUCAACUUUUGAUUUGGAUUUAUUAAGAGAUGGUGAAGAAUUAGAUUUAAAAAUUCAAAUUUCGAGUUUAACAGAUAUACAAAAACAACAAUUACAAGAAUUACAAGCUGAACAAAUGCACUGUGUAAUAAGAUUUAAUGAAAUAAAAGAUGAAAUUAAAAAUGAAACAUUGGAAAAUAUAGAAAGAUUACGUGAAUUUCAAUUCUGGCACCGAAAAAUACUUGAGAAGUUAUUAUUUACACAACAACAACAAACUCGAUUGAAUGAAUUAAGAUUAGCUAAAUUGGGAUUUUGGACAGAAUAUUUAGCAGAAUAUAAUAUAUUUAGAAUACGAAAUGGUAUACUUGAAGAAACUAAUAUCACAAACUUGAAAAUUGAUAGAUAUUGGUUUAAAGAAAUAAAUAGAAGUAGUUUAAAUGAAAAUCAACGAAAAGAAUUAAAUGAUUUACAUGCUAAAAUCUUAAUCACUCUAUCAAAUAAACAAUAUGAUGAGAUUAGAAAAGAAAUUUUAGAAACAAAUAAUUCAUUUUUAUUAGAGGAUAGAGAUGAUAAUCUAACUGAUAAAAGACAAACAAAAAUAUUACAAGAAAUGUGUCGCGGACAUUUACAGGAUUUAUUACAAGUGAAGGAAAUAGCGAAUUAUGAUCGACUUGAAUGUUUGUUGCAUAUAUAUGUUAGAAGACAAAGAGUCGAGUUAUUAUCAAAUGAAAGUAUUCUUACAGAAUCUAUUAACGAUCUUAAUCAAACUUUGUUAGGAAAUGAUAGAGAUCAAUUAUUGUUAAUACAAACAAGAAAAACUCGAUACAAUAAUCUUUUAUAUGAUAUAACAGAAAGACAAAUACAAGCAGAAACAAACAGAGAAACUUUAGCGAAUAGUGAAUGUUAUGAUCUUAUAAUUCAGUCGUUAGUAGAAUCUGUUCUUGAACCUCCAAAAACAAUUCAAACAUUACAAGAUUUGAAACAAAAACUUUACAAUAAAAUAACACAAUCAUUAUAUAGAAUUAAAAAAAUUAAAAAUCUAAAAGAAGCAUUUGAUUGGUUGAUAGAUUUGUUAGAGAAAAAAGAAAAAAUAUAUAAUCUUUUUAAUGAAAUAAUAAUAAAUUAUAUUGUAGGAUAUCCAAAUGGGAAAUAUACAAAUAAAUUGCAAGAAGAAAAAUAUUUUAAUGAUGAGAUCAAUAAAAUAAAUGAAAAAACAUAUACCUCAGAACCAAAAAGAAGAAAUAGGAAAAUAAUGAAACCAGAAAAAGAAUAUAAUAAAGAAUCGAUUCCAUUUGUGCAUCCAAUAUUGGUGAAAUGGAGAUUUAUAGAAGAUGUUUUUCUUUUAACAAUCAGUGCUAUUUUUGAUAUAUAUAAAGAAAUUGUUAACACAAGUGACAAAGAAAUGAAAAACUUAAAAACAAUAAUCAUAAAUAAUUUAGACAAUUAUCUUGAUGUUUCAUGGUCAACAGCGUAUUCUUUAGCAUUAGCAACAUCAAUUGAUUUUUACAAGAAAGCAAAAGCAAGAUAUUUUACAAAACAACAUUUUCUCGAUAUUGUGUACAAAAUAUUGGUAUUACGAAGUUCAGAUCUUGAAUUGGAUGAUUUAAUUGAAAAUAUCUUUGAUGGUUUAGAAAGUAAAGAUACAAAAUAUAUUAGAAGUUCUGCAGCUACAUUAUUAGAAUCUAUUCGUAGACAUAUAGUUUCUCAAGAAGAAAAAUUAGAAAUAAAUAUAAAAAAAUUAUCUGAUAAUAAUGUUUUAAAACAAAUUAUUAAAAAUAUAUAUGAAGGAAUAAUUGAUGCUCUUAAAAAAAGCAAUAAAAUAUAUAAAAAGAGAAACAAUAAUCUUCAAAAAAGACUAUUUUUA